AUGAAAUUCCCAACGUCUAUCGCGGUGGUCCUCGCCGGUCUGGCAGGAUGCUCCCAGGCCGCGACGCCCGAUGAGUGGGCGCAGCGGUCCAUCUACCAGGUCAUCACCGACCGGUUUGCACGGUCGACAGAUCAGAAUGCUCCCUGCAACAUCACCAAAUACUGCGGUGGUAACUGGGCAGGUUUGGUGGACCAGCUUGACUACAUCCAGGACAUGGGCUUUACCGCCGUCCAGAUCUCGCCCAUAAACGAAAAUCUGCCUCAGGAUACCAUCUACGGCGAGGCCUAUCACGGAUACUGGCCGCAGAAUUUCUACGAGUUGAAUCCGCACUUUGGGUCGCCGGAUGAUCUCAAGAACCUCGCUUCGGAACUGCACAAGCGCGGCAUGUACCUCUUGGUGGACGUUGUCGCAAACGAGAUGGCCUACGAUAUUGGCAACGCCAACAUGAGCUCGACAAUUCCGAUUGACUACUCGGUGUUUGUACCCUUCAACAGCUCGAAGGACUUCACUCCGUACUGCCCGAUCAUUGACUGGAACAACCAGACCGAGUUCCAAAACUGCUGGCUGGGUUACGAGGGCGUGGCCACACCGCGGCUGAAGACCACGGACCCCAACAUCGCCAACACACUCAACCAGUGGAUCAAGGAUCUGGUCGGCACCUACAACAUCGACGGCAUCCGUGUGGACGGCGCCAAGCAGAUCGAGUAUAGCUUCUUCCAGCCCUUCCUCAAGAGCGCGGGUGUCUAUGCCAUGGCCGAAGUGGACGACGGCGACGCACAGUUCACCUGCAAUUACCAGAAUUUGACGGAAGGACUGGAGAACUACCCGCUCUACUACACCAUCAAAGAGGCAUUCACGGCCGGAAAGAUGGCCGAUCUCGUGUCGAUGGUGGGUUCGAUGCGACAGGCCUGUCCGAAGACGCAGUACUUGGCGACCUUUAUUGAAAACCAAGACAACCCGCGGUUUGCCUCGUUUACGGAGGACCUGGCGCUGGCUAAGAACGCACUGGCCUUCACCAUCUUGGCCGAUGGAAUCCCCAAAGUCUACUACGGUCAAGAGCAGCACCUGACUGGCAACUACUCGCCGUACAACCGCCAGGCGUUGUGGCCGACCAACUACAACAAGUCGGCGCCUCUAUACACUCUGACGGCGUCGCUGAACAAGCUGCGGAAUCACGCCAUCUCGGUCGACAGCAACUACGUCACCAACUUGAGCCAGAUCCUCUACACGGACGGGUCGACGUACGCGACGCGCAAAGGCCCGAACGGCGUGCAGAUCGUCGCGGUGUUGUCGAACCAGGGUAGCAAUGGCGGAGCAUACCAGCUGAGUGUGCCUGGUGCGGCCGACCCGGGCACGAACCUGACCGAGGUGACGGAGUGCAAGACGACCGUCGUGGCCGGGGAGAACGGCACCAUCGUCGUCCCGAUGGACAAGGGCCAGCCGCGCGUCUUCUUCCCGACCUUCAACCUGAACGGAUCCGGCCUGUGCGGGCAGCCGUUGUCCAAGUCGAGCAACCCGUCUGCCACUGGUACUGCGGCAUCGGCCACAGCCACCAGCUCAAAGAGCAUGGCCGAGCGUCUCCAGACCCCGAUUUGGCUAACCCUGGGCGCACUCGCCAUGUCUGCCGUGUUUGUGUUGUAA